CCAAUUAACGGCCGUGUGUAUGGGUUGUGUGCGUACGGUUUACAUCUAUAUGUAGUAUGUCAGCUGUCCGUGUUAUUUCUUUGUACUUCGCAGAUUACGUGUUCCCCUCUUUCUUUUAGAGGGAAUUCUUUUGUUUUAAGAGAAUAACCAGAACCUGUGACAAAAAAAAAAUUGAACAUGGAGGCGACUAGUCUCGAAGAAAGUGACCUGAAAGGAAUGGAAGUUUGUAAUUUUGGUGGAACGGAAAUUGCACUCCCGUUGGAGUUAAUUGAGCAGGAAGAUAUAUUCUUUAAAGUUGUGAGCAAGGAAACCUGGCUUAAUGUUCUUACUCCUGCUGAUAGAAAACAUCUGGAGAAAUUUCUUCCAGUGUUGCCAACAGAUUACCCACAUGCUCAGGAGGAGAACAUCAGUGCCUUACUAGGUGGUGAGAACUUCAGAUUUGGGAAUCCAGUUCAACAAUUUCAGGAAAAGUUAAAAGCUGGCUACUUCUAUCCUGAUGUUGUGAAGUACAAAAAGUUAUGUCGCAAAGCUACAUACAAGGAAUACAAGAUUCAGCAACAGAGAUAUCACAGAAAGGUGUUGAGGGAAAUUCUUAUAUCUCGUCAGGAAAUUCUGGAUCAGAUUGGGAGACAAAGCCCUGGGGAACCCAUCAAAACCAGUGGACACACACCCUCUACUGAUGCCUUGGCAAUGGAGCACAGAGUCAACACACGAUUCAAGAGGAUCCUCUCAGAAUGUAGGCAACAAUUUCAGGGAGGAAAUGUAUCAUCUGAUGAUGAAGAAAGAGUCCCUCCACCCUUUGGUCCAGCCAUGGGUAUAUUUAUGGCACCCUUUAACACUAUGCCAGGUGUUUUGAGUGGUUUUCACCCAAUGUUUGGAGCAGGACUGCCAUUUACUGCAGGUUACCAUGGUUUUCCUUAUCCUCCACCUACCACUCAUCGUGUAACAUCACCAAAUGUGGUGACAGAAGAUGACUUUCAGACAAUGAUUCAAGUUCAUAGAAAGAGACGACUAUUAAAUGAGGAUCAUCCUGAGCUGGAUACAAGAUUCACUUCCUUUCAAGAUAUUAUAUUCAGAACAAAUCCUUCUAAGAAAGUAUCAAAACCUGUUGAGCUUUCAAAAAAGAAGGACAAGAAAGCCAAAGUGAAGAAAAAGUUGAAACAGAAGCUUCAGCAGAAACAGGAGCGACAAGCUCAAGUUAUAAAACAUUUGAAUGAAAAUGCUAAGAGAGAAGAGCCAGGCCAUGCAGUACAUAAAGUACCACGUUGCAUUGAUGGAUCCCAGGAGUUGCCUUGCUUCUUCAGUCUACUUCGUGAAAUUUUUCAAAUUUUUCCUGAUUCAAAAGCCAGCCUACAGAAAAUUGAGGAGAUUGUAAAAACAUGGCAGUUGUCCUCAGUCUGUGCUGUAAGUGGGUGGGGCACUCAGGAGCCAGAUUGGGUCAAGCUGGUUUAUUCUGCUCUCAUCUUUCUCUCUGGGAGUUCAGGAGAGACUCCAGCUUCAUUUGUACCUUUAGUGGAUUUCAAAGAGAGGCCUCAGCAGUGGAAGUGGAUAGGUUCUAACAGAGAUGGAGAUGAGUUAUUGGAGCCGUUGUGUGAAGACUGGCUUCAAAUCAAAGGACAGCUUACAAGCAAAAAGGAUGUUACAGCCGAAACAGAUUCAUCAUCUACGCCCAAUCCUCGUGUGAAAACAGAUUUCGUUGUGAGGCCAAGUACGGAAGAGGAAAGAGCAGCUUUUAGGGAACAGGAGCAAAAACGAUACGACAAUCCGCACAAAGCCUUCACCUUCAGAAUGCACGGUUUUGAGUCUGUGGUGGGUCCAGUCAAGGGUGUUUUUAGUAAAGAUACCAACCUGAACAAGGCUCGAGAACACUCCUUGUUAACAUCGCUGCGACCUCCAUACGUCACUAUCCUCACACUGGUUAGAGAUGCUGCUUCCCGACUUCCUAAUGGAGAGGGGACUAGAGCUGAGGUUUGUGAGCUGUUGAAAGACUCGCAGUUUCUAAACUCGAAUUGCUCGGACGCACAGAUUCACACGGUGGUCAGUGGUGCCUUGGACAGGCUUCAUUAUGAACGGGAUCCAUGUGUAAAAUAUGACAGCAACAGAAAAGUGUGGAUAUAUUUACAUCGCAACCGUUCUGAGGAAGAAUUUGAAAAAAUCCAUCAAGCAAGCGCAGCAGCUGCACGAGCUAAGAAGAUGCAGAAACCCAGAGUUGCUCGGCAACCGAAGAGCAAAGAGUCAGUGCAACCACAAGAACAAGAAGAAGCUGUUACAACUCCACCCACUGCACUCACUAUUGCUGGGGUUGCUCCAACAUCCUCACCUCGCCAAGUGGACUCUUUGCCAUCUCAAAUUGAACUUGGUCAGUCUCAAGUGAGAGGACCAUCUAGGCUGAAUACCGCUGAAACUGGCAUUGCUGACUCCCCAAGUCAUAAGUUCACAAGUGCUUUAAACACACAUACUAGUGUGUUGAAUAUCACUGACGACUCUGUAGACACAAGUCCUCUUCAGCUUGCUAAUGUAAGUGAAGACAUGAAAGGCGACGUUCAAAUCUCGCGCAAAGACAGCUGGAGUAGUGAAGGGGAGAGUUCAGAUGAGAGUAGUGCAAGUGAUCGUGAAAGCGAUAGUGGCUCAGCCGCUAGCAGUAGUGAAGGAAGGAAGGAACUAAAAAUACAUCCAGGGAAAGGAAAAACUCUACCAGGGGUGGAGCAGACAGCUGCGAGAGUGCAGGAUAACCAGACAAUUGACGACAGCGGUUUUGACUUUGAAGAUACGACGAGCAGAAAGGAAGGAAACCCUGAUACUAGCAGUGAGCCGGGAUCUGGAAGUGAAAGCGACUUUAGCAAUGUCGAUUGAUAUGUAGAAUAUGACCUGUACAAUAUUUACAUUAAUCAAGCAACAACUUUUUUCAUCUUUACUUGGUCAAAUACAAACAUGUUAUCUGACAUCAUACGUCACCUGUUCCCAUAAUCGCCGUCAUCAAGAACGUGACUGGUUCAAUUCUCAUUCCUUGAGGCACUUGGUCAACAGAGUUUUAAGCAUGUUUCGAGAUGAUAAUAAAUACACUAUAUGUCAAAUCAGUGAUAAAACCUGAACCUCUCUUUGUUACUUUUUAUGAAUCCAGUUUUGGGUGGAUUAGGGUAGUACUCGUCGAUUUUUGUCAGCAUGAUCUGAUCCCGGUUGCUUCAGUCUUUAGAUGGUCUGCUUAUCCUGUGCAACUACGCAAAAACAGUGGCAUUUACUUUAGCUCAAAUAAACAAGAUUUGUAAAUA